UCCCCAAUCUUUCGAAGAAAAUAUUUCCACUUCUCUUCUUCAUUCUCCUUCUUUGGGCUGAGAGAGAGAGAGAGAGAGAGAAACAACGAGAGAGCAGCACUCUUGCAUUGAGAUUUUACAGAAGGAAUUGCGAUUGAGUCGUGGUUAUUGCAACGCGAGACGAUUGUGGUGUGGAGGAAGGAAGGAUUUGCUGAGGUUUGUUGGAUGAUCAUAUUUGUCGAUUCGCAGCAGCGUGGAUCGAAGCACUGACUGUUGAGGAGAGGAGCGAAGGGCACUUUUGAGGGGAAAGUGAAUGUGCUCUUAAAGGUUGAGCGGACGAAAAUUUGAGGCCUACAAGUUCCCAAUUGUAGUGGCCCGUGGUGCAAUUCGAAGUCCCGAUUGGUGUCUAGUUGUGGUGUGGGUUCCUGCAAGGUAGAAAAGGUUUGACAGAAAAGAGAGUGUGUGGAUGUUAUUCCAUUCCGCUCGUCACGGUGAAGCUGACGGGGAUCUCUUAGGAGGACGGUGUGAGAGCUCUUUCUAAUACGUCUUCGGGGCGAAGCGUGUCAGGGAAGUGUGACAAAAGUGGGACAUUGGGAACGGCGAACGAGAGAAGAGUGCGGUCUUUCUUCUUCUUCUUCUUCCGACAGCUUUUCUUUUCUGGAACUCGAAGGGACGCAUUCAUGCAAGCGAUCGUAUGAUCGUUGUGGUCGCGAAUUGCAGUGCUUCUAAGCGCCAGGGAUUGCCGAGUUUGUAAUGACUGCUUCGAUGUGAGCGUAGCAACUCCACGGCUGGGGAGGCCCGUCAAUUGUCUGCUGCUGGCUUAUCUCCUCUUGUACAGUGUACAGCCUGGGCUGCUUUGUGCACUUCCUAACCGUAGUUAUCUGUAGGUAGGGACCCAAGAGGUUGUCUCGGGGCCUCGAGUGGAUUGAGCCUUGAUGCAGUUAGCCGUAAUGUCGUCGUUCAUGUUGUAGGAGCGUCGUCGUUCUGAGCCGUGAUUCAGACUUUGUUCGCCAAACAAGGUUUGAGCUUGCGCUCGGAGCUUUACUUCGGAACUCAACACAAUGGCGGCUUCAGGACUCGUGUGCAAUCCUGCGGAUGUGGAAUCCUACACACCUCAUGUGUACACUUCGCCUGUCUUCUCGGGAGGAUUGCACAAACGCACGUCUUCUGCGGAGGGGGACAUACAAAUCUAUUUGGCCACCCUGGGGAACAACAGCAGCGUAAUUCCUAUGAGAGUUCUAAGCUCGGACACCAUCGCCUCUGUCAAAAUGCGAAUUCAGAAAUGCAAAGGUUUCUUCACGAACCAACAGAGGCUGGUGUACGGGGGUCGUGAGCUAGUCCGUGACGAUGUGCUGAUCAAGGAUUACGGUGUUUGCAAUGGCGAAGUGGUACAUCUUGUAUUACGCCUCCUUGAUCUUGUAGACAUCAAGGUUAAAACUGUUUCUGGCAAGGAGUAUGUUUUCAAAGUUUGGCGAAACAACCGGGUGAGAGAUCUCAAGCAACGUAUUUCAGAGAGAGAAGGAGGCUUGGCCCUUGAUCAUCAGCAAUUGGUUUUCAAGGGCAAACGAUUAGAAGACCAUGAGCGAAUUGAAGGUCUCCACUCAGAGGAAGAUGUGGUCAUUCAUCUAGUGGUAAGGCGAACGGCCAAGGUUCGGUCUAAAUCUGUAGGAGCUGAUAUAGAGCUUUCAGUUACUGCUUCAGAGCUAGAGUCGGUCAUUGACAAAUUUUCCCCUUACCGAGUCAAUGAGCCUACUCUUGCUUCUUCAUUUGAUUGUGUUAAGAAGACGCCGUGCCUACCCACACCUGUCUAUGGAGUAGGAGAACCUGUGCAUUCUAAAGAGCAGAUCUGGAAUGGGGUGGUCAAUGACUAUUUCGUUCUAGAGCCUGCGAAAGAUUUUGUCAUAUCUGAAACCCCUGACAGCCUUCUCGAUGUACUAAGGGGUGCCAGAGCCGGUCUACAAGAAGGACAUGCCCCCGUCCUGUCAUCGGAGGGGUCGGGAGGCACUUACUUCAUGAAGGAUGCAGCUAGUAAUAACGUCGGGGUGUUCAAGCCAAGUGAUGAGGAGCCGAUGGCCAUCAACAACCCUCGAGCAGGAGCACCACAUUCCGGAAGCCUCGAGGGUUUGAAAAGUGGUACUCGCGUGGGUGAGGGUGCAGUGCGGGAGGUGGCAGCAUACAUUCUGGAUCAUCCCGCAAGCGGAGUGAGGGAUACUACAACUCGGAACCAGGAAGGAUUUGCAAGUGUGCCCCCUACAAUGAUGGUUCGCGCCUCACACAAGGCUUUCAACUACUCUUCUGAAGGUGCCAAGUCAAGUAAAGUUGGGUCUUUGCAGCAGUUUGUAAACGCUCACAGCAAUUGCGAAGACAUGGGCCCAGCCAAGUUUCCUGUCGACGAGGUCCAUAAAAUCAGCGUUCUUGACAUGAGGCUUGCCAACACGGAUCGCAACGGUGGUAACAUUUUGGUUCGCAAGGAGGGGGAUGGUUCUUUCAAGCUGGUGCCCAUUGAUCAUGGUUAUUGCAUGCCUGACAAGUUUGAGGAUUGUACUUUCGAGUGGCUCUAUUGGCCUCAGGCCCGCUGCCCGUUCAGCCAAGCUACCCUUGAGUACAUCGACAAGCUUGAUGCAGACUGGGACAUCUCUAUUUUGGCUGCACACGGAUGGGUUCUGCGUCCCGAGUGUGCCCGCGUCUUGCGAGUUGCCACCAUGCUAUUGAAGAAAGGCGCAGCAUUUGGACUCACUCCGUUCGAGAUCGGAUCGAUGAUGAGCCGAGAGAAUUUCGAUGUAAAGUCGGCGAUUGAGAUCAUGCUGGAGGAAGCCGAAGCGGAGUUCUCCGAUUCUGCUGAUACCAGCGAGAAUGUGUUCAUGGACAUUCUGUCAGAGAUCAUGAACAAACAUUUGGAGUGGACUGAUGCUAAGUUAAUGUAAUCUAUGUAAGUCGUAUAUAUGUACAGGUCAGGAAGGUGUAGCUAGGCCAAAAUUUGUGAAAACAUACAACAUCACACAACACUGUGAAGGAUACUUUUUUUGAUGCGUACCUUGUCUAGAUCCUUGAACUCUAUGGCAAGACUCGUAAUACACACUCAUUAUGUGACUACUGUGGCGAGGCAGUCGAGUCACCACAUACCACUAAUGCAAUGGUCCAUUGUAGCAAGUGAAACUCUUUAGUUUCAUAACCGAACUCAACUUCACAACAGUAACUGUACUUUCCCUCCACUUUAAAGCUUUCCUUUUCUUUCUCUUCUAUGAGAGAGAGAGAAAGACGGGAAAGAGUUCCCACAUGUGGAGAGGAUUUUCAAGUUGCUCUGUUGCUUUCUGGUCAGGUCAGGCUGAGGCUCCUUCUCAUAUGUACAAUUCGAGGCUUGUCACUAUAGGCUUUACUAGACUACUCCUAAAGGUCAGUACAUGAUAUUUCCGGAGCUUAGCAGUUAUUUGUCACCCAGGUACAGUAUAUAUUUCUAGCAACAAAAUUUCUGUGGGUUAUAUAUCCUGUACGUAUGAGAUCUGAUUCUCACAGGACAGACUAAAUUCUCAAUUUGAAAUCGAAAGCACUUAGAGCGACCGUUCACGCUAGAAGGUCUUUGGCUAACGAGCCCAGGUUAAUCUGGAACUAUUCAGUUUCGGACGUUUGCCUUAAGCCUUCAAGCUAUGGGAAGUGGGUAAUCAUUUUUUCGGGACUGUUUGUCUUUUAUAAGCACAGACCCUUUCAACUCUCAAGCGUCGUGUAUCUUCUCGAUAUGCAAUUUGUUCUCUUCUCGCUUGCGAACCUUUGCAUUUGUCUAUCGCACCUGUUGCAAACCUGGAAGUCGUGUUGGACCUGGUGAAGUCGCAGAAAGGAUAUUGAGUUUCAACCAAGGAGGAAACUGCGACCGUGCUUAUAAUGGUGGUUCAUAUUGAGUAUGCGCAGUAGAGCAUUAAUGUCUGAAAUUUGCCAACUGGAUACAUUUGUAUAAUGUGACAUUUGCGAGUAGGAGUGGGCAUUAUCCGAGAGUUGAGAGAUGCUAGAAAAGCUACAGCGUUCUAGAAGAGUACGUUAGGCUUGCAGUCGUUACGGCAAUGGCAGGCUAGAGCACGUCACAACGAUGAGCGAUGGCCGGUUAUUUGUCCGUUCCGAAUCGAAACAGAAUUUCUGUCUCGACUUGUUCGAACGAGAAGUCUCUUGUACCUAGAAUAUUCCAUGUAUGGACGAGUACUGGAGUGUAUACCCAUCGUCUGAAUGUAAACCAUCGGCUGGAUUUCACUCUUGAGAUAUCGUCCGCGUGGGAAAGAAUACACCUAAUUUGGAAAGCACACUGAAUAGCAAGCUGAACAUAUCUGACGAGAGCAU